AUGUCGCUCGAAAUGGCUGCGAUCUCAACGUCUAAUUGCAAGAAGACUGACGAUUGUUCUGUAAAGAUGGAGGCUGUACGUAUUCAGGAGCUCUCACUGGCAGGUAAUGGCAGUGUUUAUAAUUCACCCAAGCGCAAGCAGCGACCAGAAAGUGGAACUGUACCCACAGACUUGACGUUGCUCUUGACUGAAUUACCGACUAAUAAAAGACGUGGUAAUAAGCGAAUGUUAUUGACUUUAGUACCAGAUGAAGCACGACGAGGUGGUGAAGUAAUAGAAGUCGAGGGGCUGCUAAGGGUCGCGGAACAGAUUGAUAGAGGACAGACGCAGCAGAAUCCAGCAGUAUUUCGGACACUCGGAUCGUUCUAUUGUGUAUUGGUACGGAAGAGUCUGGGGUUGUUUCUAGAGACUGUGUCGAAGGACAGUCCUCACACUAUUGUGCUUAAUAUGGACACCAUGGACUUGGUGCAUGAACCUUUUGAGAGCGAUUGCAAUUUUCAAUUGCGUUAUCGACAAAGCGAACGGAGAGAAAGUGGCAAUAGACAAUGUGCGUUUUCGUACGUCUUUAUGACUUCGACCAAGGAAGAGUGUGACAAGUGGCGCAAUGGUAUUCUCAGACACCAAGUAUCUGACACCGGCAGCGAUCAGAAAAGAUUUGUGAACAAACCGUUAACAGGUUCUGGAUUGAUUUCAGGGUCUGUUCCACAGAGUGCCGACUCAAAUGCACAAAGUGAGGAGCAGCAGCAGAGACAGCAGACUGAAGGACCUCACGAGCACCCGCAGCCAUCCCUUGGAGAGUUUUUGUGCUCUACGCCUUCAAAGACCAAGCACUUCAUCAUGGUACGUCAUGGCCACUACAUUAAUGCUCACAUGCCGCAAGUGUCGGACUCGCAACAAGUCCUCUCGCAGAUGGGAAGGCAGCAAGCAGAGCUCACAGGCAAACACCUAGAGGUGGCACACGCCCGGAUUCCAACCCGACAUGACGUGUCCGUGUAUCACAGUGAUAUGACACGUGCGGUGGAGACAGCAGCUAUCAUCGCCACUUACUUUGGAGAGGUCUCGUUGAAUUCGAGCUCGCUACUGCGGGAAGGGUGGCCAGGAACACCGUAUUCCUCUGAUUUCACCGCGAGAAGCGGAGUCACUGCUGCAUGCAACAACGGUGCAUUUCAAGCGAUGCAGAAACGAACUAGUGUGGAUGUGGAGCGUAUGGAGAAGGCGUUUAACUGGUUUUUCUUUGACCCACGCCAAACCCAUGAUGGAAAUGACGAGGAGUCCUAUUGCGUACUUGUGUGCCAUGCCAACCUGAUCAGGUUCUUUUUGUGUCGUGCACUUGGCGUUGAUCCUGCAACCACGUGGGGUCAUUUCGAAAUCAACCACUGUGGCGUCACGCGCAUCGACGUGUGCGCCGAUCGGCCGAUCAAGGUCAUUGCAGUAAACGAAACUGGUCAUCUACCGCUAUCCCUCAUCACGUCCAGUGAAGAUCAUCUAUAA